ACCAGGACAUGUACUCUAAUCAGGAUAAAAAGUUGAAAUAAAAUAUAGUCACUUUGACAAAAUGUCUCCGAGUAGUAUAUAAUACAUAUCGUUUAUAUUAUUUUUAAUUUCAGAAAACCCACCACUCACCGUCAGUUUGGUGCAAAGUAAAACACAUGAAGCCAAUCAGGUUAUAAAAAAAUUUAUGGAAUUAUUUCAGCAAUACAAAACAAUAAAGGAUGGUAAUAUUGUAACAGCAGAUACAAAAUAUGCGAUGACUAAAAAAAAAGAAGUAGAACAUGAAUUCAUUCCAGCGCCCGGAAUAAAAAAAAAAUUAUCUUUAGAGCCUACUGAAGUAAUAAAGAGCAAUACUAAUUUUCCUCUUAAUAAAUGGAAUCCAAACAUAUUUCCACCAAAGUUUGCAAGCCUAAUGCCAUUAGAGCAAAAUUAUAUUAAUAUACCUAUAAUGAGAAAUACUCCAAAACACAGGAGUAAUCUAACACCAGUAAUGAUACAGACAAAUUCAAACGAGAUUCCACCUUUAGUGCUUCCUAUGUCAAAACCUUUGAAACUAAUUAAUCAAAAUAUUAUUGUCACUACUAAAGUACCUUAUGAACUAAUUAAAAAUAAUAGUUCACAUUGGAGCAGUAGACUAAAAAAUCAAGGAAAUGUGUACUCUAAUAGUAAUUUUAAAUAUAACAAAGAAAAAUCUCAAUAUAUUAGUGCAAAUAAUCGAGACAGAACUAUCCCAUAUCAAAGAUUAAAAGCUUCGUAUAAAGAUAAUCCCAUGCAUGAUCAUCAAGGAUAUGAAUACAGUAAUUUCAAUAACAAUCAUGGUGAAUACGCGUACAAUAGAGACGACGUUAUAAAUUCUAAUGUAGAUCAUAAUGGAAUGCAUAACCGUGUAUCAGUGAACUAUAGAACAGGACAUGAAAUUAAUGAUAAUAGCCAUACAAGGUUAAAUUAUGGACAAAGGUUUCACGAAAGGCUAGAAAGAGGUGACGAUUGGCUUCCGAAUUAUAAUGACAAUAAGUAUAAAGUUGAAAACAGGGAGGGAUGUUGCAAAAUGAAGGUGGCAUCGAGGCAACAACUACCAUUGAAUAGCGUUAAGAAGCAAACAAAAUACGACGACAUACAUUUUAAAAAUUUUCUAAAAACACAACAAAAGGUUAAUGACAUGCUCGAAAGAAUUUUAGCUACAAAGACAAAAUCUGAUGGACCUCGCAGUGUAGAAACCCCCUGAAUUUUAAACAUAAAUAAAAUUAUUAUAUGUUUAUAUAUUAUUACAGCUAUAUAAUGACAU